AUGUUCAGAUUCUUCUUCUUCAUCAUCUUCUUCUUGGUUAACAAUAAUGCUGAGGGAAACCCUGAUAAUUACAGCGAAGCAUUGGAAAAGUCACUAUUGUUCUUUCCCCAUGUUGUUAAAAUUGUUCUGCUUUCACAUGGGGAUUUAACCGGAGGCUGCAAUGAUGCUGGAGAAAAUGUCAAAUUCAACUUUCCAACGGCAUUCACCGCUACCAUGUUCUCAGGGAGCACCGUUGAAUAUGGUUGGGGUAUGGGCUCCCAAAUACAAGAGGCCCAAGUUGGAAUACGUUGGGCCACCGACUACCUCCUAAAGGGUGCCACUGCUACUCCUCCUGCCAGACUCUACGUCGGUGCCGGUGACCCAAAUGUGGACCACAAAUGUUGGGAAAGGCCCGAAGAUAUGGACGCGGUUCGAACCGUGUAUUGGGUGUCGCAUGAUAAACCAGGUUCAGAGGUGGCCGGUGAAAUUGCCGCCGCCCUCACUGCGGCCUCUAUUGUUUUCCAUAGGGCUGAUCCAGCGUAUUCAAGGAUUAUAUUGAGGACCGCCAAAAAAGUGUUCAAAUUUGCUUUGAAAUAUCAAGGUUCUUAUAAUAGUUCACUUGGAUCUGCUGUUUGCCCAUCUUAUUGCUCAUAUAAUGGUUGCAAGGAUGAGCUAUUGCGGGGAGCUGCAUGGCUUUUUAGGACACCAAAUUCUAUUUAUUAUAAUAAAUUAAUUAAGAAUUUGGGAGCUGAUGACCAACUUGAACCAGAUAUCUUUAGUUGGGACAACAAGUAUGCCGGAAAAACUAUAAAAUUGGCUCGUAGAGCAUUGUUAAAUCACGAUGAGAACUUUGAUCAAUACCGGCAAGAAGCUGAGAAUUUUGUGUGCAAGAUUUUGCCCAACUCUCCCAAUUCAACCACCCAAUAUACAAAAGGCGGGGGCAACAUUUACGACAAGAAGAUAGGGGCUAAUAUCAAGCUUCCUCAGAGCAAUCUUCAAUAUGCGGGGUCUACAAUUCAACAAAAUUAUCUCACUAUAUUGUGA